AUGCUGGAGAAGAAGGGCACGCCUUCCGUGCUGGUGGUGCCCUUUGAGGGCAGGCGGUUCGCAGGUACUUACUAUCAUCAUGACCGUCGUGAGAAGAGGGAACGUAUUGUCAAUCUAGAAUUCUACGGGAACGACUUCUUCUACGCUAACACAUCCGUCGGAAGCCCACUACAGAAAUUGAAAGCCCAGUUCUCCACUCUUGAUGACAGCAAUUGGGUGGUAGUGAGAGAUAACGAAGAGUUGGCAGGAUACAUAGAGAAAGGCAUCCUUGGUGGGUAUAAUGCGAGCGCCUCAACUAGCAGCCGAACAGUAAAGACAAAUGCCACCGUCGACGGAUUCGACCAGGAGGAUGUGGGGAAUAUUGAUCUAAUAUCAGAUACGAUGAUCGUUGGGGAUGUGAAACUGGAAGCCAUGAGGUUUGCUACUCUACGUGAGAAGGCCUCAAUAGGUGAUAAACUCGGCCUAGGAUACAGCAAUGGCAACUCGGAAUUCAUCUCUGUCACCCAGGCAUUGGUUGAUGCGAAAGCUAUCCAAUCCCCUACCUUCAGCAUGUGGAUGGAGGAGAACCAUGAGCGAACCAAUGUACCCGGUACCAUUCUCUUCGGUGGCGUGAACAAGGCCAAGUAUGUCGAUAAGCUCCAUACGUUACCGGUUAUAUCGCCUCCAGAGCUCAGCAAGCUAUUUCGGGUCAAUCUUACCGGACUGUCCGUGGGAGCAGACUUCAACACGAAGUCCAUUUCGGCAGAAUCUUUUCCCACAGGGGCUGUCUUUUCUUCCGCAACUGACUUCAUCGGUUUCCCUAAAGCGAUCACGCAAGACCUGUUUUCCCAGCUUAACGUCACCGAGUUUUAUGACAACGGCCAGCCGAUGUUUCCUUGCGACAAACCACCUGCGAAUAAGUUGCUAACAUUUUAUUUCGGCAACGUAACUCUUAACUUCUCCCUCGACCCGUUCAUAAUACAGGCUCCCUCCUCCACGAACUCUGAAAGGAAUAAGGAGGAUUACUGCUAUCUAAGCUUUUUGACGAUUGAACCUGAGCGUAGUAAGGAGCUUGGUGGUAUCAUAAUUGGAGCCAAUUUCCUCAAGUUGGUAUACACAGUCUUUGACAUGGGAAAUAACGAAGUUUCUCUGGCCCAAAGGCGAUGGGAGAAAGCGCCUGAUGAGAUCAUGGAGAUCAAACCAGGGAAGGGCGGUGUCCCGGAUCGCACAACACAGGAGACAGACAAGACGGACACGACAGACAAGCCUGAAAAGACAGACAAGUCUAUAGGAUCGAACCUGGAAUCAAGCAAUGGCCUGAAAGCCCUCAUAGCGGCGGGUGCCGUCUUGUUUGUUGCCCUGGUUUGGGGUUGA